AUGGAUUCUAUGUUAAGCAACGGAAGCAUGAUUCAUAUGUGCUGCUGCGCGCAUAUUCUGAACCUUAUUGUGAAGGAAGGUAUGAAAGUGAUUGGUGAAGGCAUACAGAAGAUAAGAGAUAGCGUUCAGUUUUGGAUGGGGACACCAAAGAGAUGGGAAAAAUUUGAGGAGACAGCUCGCCAACUUCGUAAUCAAACCGGUAAGAAGCUCCUCCUUGAUUGUGAAACCCGGUGGAAUUCAACUUUUUUGAUGUUGAACACGGCCUUGGAGUAUAAGGAUGUGUUUAAUCGCUUAAAGCAUCGUGAACCAAAGUACAAGUGCUUGCCUAGUGAACUAGAUUGGAGUUUGACCAAAGAAAUCUGUACUAGGCUAGAGAUGUUCUACAAAGCCACUAAUCUCUUUUCUGGUACCAAGUAUCCCACUGCAAAUUUGUGCUUUCCUGUGGUUUGUGAGAUCAAAGUUGCUUUAGAUCAAUGGCGUGUUUGUGGGAUAGAGAGGAUUGAGAAUAUGGCUGCUGAUAUGCUAGUGAAGUAUGAGAAAUAUUGGUCAGAUGUUCAUGUUUUGAUGGCGGUGGCAGCUAUUCUGGAUCCUCGCUACAAGUUUGAUGUGUUGGACUGUUAUUUUCCUGAGAUUUAUGGUCAGAAUAGUGACCUCGAGGUGGAGAGGAUACUUGGUUUAUGUCGUAAGUUUGUGGAAGAGUAUGAAGAGGAGGAAAGGGAGAAAGAACAAUAG